CUUGGUAUCGGAUCGAUGGCCAAACGUGCUGUAUCGGCCAGGAUGUGGGAGCGGGAGACAUUAGGAGAUUCCUGUGGACUCCACCCAGCCGCCUGCUCGCUUCCGGGAAACGUUCUGGUCCAGGAGUCAGACACUUGGGACACUAGGAGACUAGGACAGGACCCACGACCCACGACCUGUUGGCCUUCACACGACACGCAGGGAAAGGACGACCACAGCGUUCGGGGAAUCCAGCAGACAUCGUCGACAAGAAGCCUCGGCAACAUGUCCAGAUCAGACUACCCUCCAGGGUACGAUGAAGCCCACAACCCCAUGUACGCACCUCAGGGCGGAAACUACCCGGCGGCCCCGGCAUAUGGCUUCCCGGCAUACGGCGGACCCCAACCAGGACAGCCUGUGGCUCCCUACCCCACCGGUUCAAACGCUCCUUUGUUCUCCGGCCAACCGGGGAACUAUCCACCGGGGAACUAUCCACCGGGGAACUAUCCACCGGCGAACUAUCCUCCAGGGAACUAUCCACCGGGCUCGUACCCUCCCGGGCCUCAAGGAGCCGGCUAUCCUAGCCAGCCCCCGAUGCCCCCCAUCAUGCCGCCGACCAUACCAUCAGAUGUUAUGAGCUCUGAUGACGAGCAUGAGUUUGCGGCCAGGGGAGGCGACUGGGACGAUCUGAGCGUUCGCCACGCCUUCAUCAGAAAGGUGUAUUUGAUUUUGGCGUCCCAGCUCCUGUUCACUACCGCCAUCGUGGCCGUGUUCACCUUCGUCAAACCCGUCCGAUAUUUUGUACAGCGCAACCAAGCCAUCUACUGGGCGUCAUAUGGGGUGUACUUCAUCACCCACCUGGUGCUGGUGUGCUGCAAGGGCCCACGGAGGAAGUUUCCAUGGAACUUGAUACUACUGUUCAUCUUUACCCUGGCUCUGUCCUACAUGACUGGCUCCAUAUCCAGUUUCUACGACACAAAGGCUGUGUUCCUGGCACUGGCCAUCACUGCUGUUGUCUGCAUCGCCGUCACCAUCUUCUGCUUUCAGACUAAGGUGGACUUCACCAAGUGCCGGGGCUUCUUCUGUGUCCUGGGCAUCGUGGUCUUCGUGACGGGCAUCAUUUCCGUCAUCGUGCUGUCCUUCAAAUACAUCUACUGGCUCCACAUGCUGUACGCCGCCAUCGGAGCCAUCGCUUUCACCCUGUUCCUGGCAUACCACACGCAGCUCCUGAUCGGAAACCGCAAGUACUCCAUCAGCCCGGAGGAGUACGUCUUCGCCGCUCUCUCCCUCUACGUGGACAUCGUCCAGAUCUUCCUUUUCCUGCUGCAGAUUAUCGGUUCCAGCAAGUAAAAAAAACGGGGUAGUGUCAACAACACCCGGAAUCAUUCCAUGCGAUGGUUUCCACUAGUAACCAGAAUGUAUAUUCUAGCAUUUAUGCACAUCACUUAAGGGCUGAAUCUGAGAUUGUGUUACAGCAUGAAAAAUAUUUCUAUGCACUUUCCUACAUAUUUCUACCAGUAUAAGCCGACAAAGUGUUGGGCUUGAAGUAAAAAAAACAGCAACAAAAAAAGUUCUAUCUGCAUGCAGACUGUAGUGCUUAACUCGGAUGUUCUGAUUCACGCGCCUUAUUUCGAAGAGCUUAGCGGUUUAGGGUUUCGCACGUUUUGCAUAUACGUCGCAUAAUUAUGUCGUCGUCGUUAAGUUUGCCGAUGGUGCUCGGAAGACAUGUACCGCGGGCCACCCCCCCCCCCUCCCGCGCCGGUGGAUGUUUGUAAAUACCUUCUAUUUGAUAUUUUUCCUACGCAAUAAAUAUUUUGAUUUCCGCGCUUUAAUGGGAAUUUUUUUAAUGGA